AUUUGGGGAUCGGCUGCUUUUUUCGAGGGAGGGGAAAGCUGCCGAGUUUAUUGCUCAGCUCAGCCUUUGCCUUCUCUUAGUGAAGCACACACAUAUCAGAAGUGAUUGUGUGUUUGUUCGUGAGCUGAUUACAGAACUCGCAACAUGAAGCGAGUUUAGUGCAUUGGUUAUCAAGCAGUUCAACUAUAUAUUCUUUUUCUCGAGGUGUUAUUAAAAGUCUGUAUAACGAAAGGACCUAAAUCAGGUAGAAAUUUUGAUGUUCUCGUCUUUGCGUCCGGCCAGCCGCCGAGAGCAAGUGUCGAUUUGACACUUUCUUUGCCUUGGCUUUUUGGAUUCACAGCAGCUUGGCUUUUAGCUAUUUUUCGUCCGUGCUUCAAGAAUGAAGAAAAAUUUUUUUCGAGUGAAGCAGCUGGUGGACCAGACUGUUUCAAGAGCUGAGCAAUCAGAAGUUUUGACUGAAGAUGUCCAAUCUGCUGAGAAACACGUGGAACUACUGAGACAAACUUGUGGGACCAUGUCAAGGAAGAUAAACAGUGUGCUUUCUAAAAAUGAAGGCACACAAGUGGAUAAGAGGCUCAAGAAGAUUCCAGAGUCUGCGAUUGGACAUACAAUGAUAGAGUCUGGAGGAGUUUUAGGUGAAAAAUCCAUUCUUAGAGACCUGCUAAUAGACUGUGGCCAAAUAGGAAAUAAAAUAGGAGCAGAAAUGUUGGGUCAUGAAGUUGAUGUAGAAAAGAAUGUUGUGGAACCACUGAGUCAAGUUGAAAAUGAGGCUGCCAACAUCGUCAAGGCGAGACGAAAUCUAAAUAAAUUGAUCUUGGAUAUGGAUUCUGCAAGAACCAGGUAUCGCAAUGCACAAAAACAAGCGACCAGUGGAGGAAAUGUUGCCAAGGUGGACGGUAUCAAAGAGGAAUUGGAAGAAGCACAAUUAAAAGUAGAAAUGAAUCGUGAUGGAUUGGCCGCAGAUAUCUAUGCUCUUUUGGCCAAAGAGGCCGAUUUUGCCAAGGUGAUUCUGCAUUUUGCCGAAUCCCAGCGCAAGUACCAUCUUGCUGCUUUGAAAGUAUUGGAUGAACACAUUCCAUUGUUAGAGACCAAGUGGAAGUCACAUAUUCAGAAACCCGUGUUUGGCUGUGACUUGGACGAACAUCUGCGCAUUUCAGGCCGUACAAUCGCACAUCCCAUCGAAAUUUGUGUCAUUACAUUGUACGAAACAGGUGUUGAUGAGGAGGGUAUCUUUCGUAUAGCUGGAGGCGCGUCUAAAGUCAGAAAAUUUAGGGCUGCCCUUGAUGCUAAUUUAGCUGAUCUUGGGUUUGCGUUGGAAUUGCAUGAUGUCCACAUUGUUGCCGGAAUUUUGAAAUCCUAUCUACGCGAGUUACCCGAUCCCUUGUUUAGCCUUGCACUGUACGACGACUGGAUCAACGCCAUUAAGAGCCCCGAUCAAGAGACCCGCCUAAACGCUCUAGGCGAGGUAAUUGAUAAACUACCCGAGAGUCGUUGGAACAACAUUCGUUAUUUGAUUAAGUUCUUUCACGAACUCAGCCGACGCCACGAGCAUAAUAAAAUGACGUCACAAAAUCUAGCUAUUGUUUUAGCUCCCAGUCUUCUUUGGUCACCGGUAAAUAACGGUGAUGCCUUGAGUUUGAACAUGUCCUUGGCUAAUACGCAUGCCGCAGUGAUUGAACAUCUUAUCAUGUUCGCCGAUCGCUUCUUUCCCGGAGAGAUCGAUUGUUACGUUACCUAUUCGAAAGCUCUGUACUCCGGAUUACUUCAACCGCCUUCGCCCUUGAACGGAGGAUUUGUCGAGAGAGAUGAGCACGAUUCAAAGGAAGUGAGAAAAACUCAUCAACGAAUGGGAAGCACGGAAGGAUUAGUUGAACUUCGGCAUCCUGCGCCCAGUAGCUAUGCAUAUGACAAUUUGGCGAAGGCUGAAAGUCCGCGUCCAAUUUCUCGAAGGAAGAAAAUACCUGCCCCGGAGCCGCCAAAUCAGGGCAGUUCCCCUCAGUUGAAAACAUUACCGCAUGUUAAAACACCAGAAAAGGAAGAGAAGAAGAGUAUUGCUGAGAGCACCCCUGUUCUACCCGAACGUUUUGUGGCUUCUGAUAAGCCGCCCGUGCUUCCACCCACGGGACCUGAUACAAAACGACUUUCCGCAUUGCCGAUAUCAGAAAAGAAACCCGUUCUUGCACCACGGCCAUCGUUGAAUCCUUUGAUUGAACGCUCAUCGGCUUCGUCUAGUCAAUCCCAGUCUCAUGCUCUUGCACCGAUUGGAUUCGAAGCAAUCGAAAAUGAUUUAAAACGUCAAGGUUCUGUGAGACAGAUACCUCCUUACGCUGGACCGGCGAAAGGCGACGAAGAGACCAUUGAACUGAGGAAGCCUCAUGCAGUCUCUCAUAAGAGAAUUUCUUCCUACGAGAACGUCGUAAGCAAUAAUCCAACCCCUCAUCCAAACGCAGUUUCUAUGUUCGGAGGAUUCCAACCACCGAUGCCGCUAGAUCGGACAAAAUUUGAUAUUGAUAAACCGAAGCCUAGCGUACCGGAACGACCGUCCAUCAUAAAGCAACAGGGUUCAACAGGCAGUACUUCAACCAACACUUUAGCACCGGAAGCUCAUAGCCCUAAUGAAACUAGAAAUAAUGGGCCAGCAGUAUUGGAGCGAGUUCAUUCUUUCUCUGUUAACAAGCAACAAGUUUCAAUUGUACAGGUUAACAGUAACAAUCCGGGUUUGACGCUCAACUCUUCCGACCAUCCCGAUAUACAGUAUGCGGACUCAGAGGAUGCUUCACCUCCUGCUGUCCAAGGUGAAGUGGUGAAACCUGAACGUCCGCCCAAACCGGAAAGACUAUCGCAUCCUUCCGGAAACGGAAGUGUUGAAAGUAACAAUAACAACAACACAUCAUCGUCCAAACCCGAAGCAAUAACUGGAGAAGAAGAAGUCUUCACUCAACCGAUCAAUGUUGGAGGAACUCUGCCCCGUCCAGCUCCACGUCCCCAGCCUCCUGUGCCGCCCAUAAAGCCUCGUAGUACCAUUUCGACAUCGUCAAUAGGAGCAGUUGGAGACAGUACUGAUCUUUGAGGAUCAACUCAAAAAAACUUUUAUUAUUUCCCUAUAAAGUAUAAUUGCCUUUUUCUAUUAAGAGGCCGAGCCUUUCCGAUUUUUUCAAAUGUACGUGGUUUGUUUUUGUGAUUACGGACGGUAUUUAUAAUGAAAUCAAAGUCGGAGAGACAGAAGAGAUGUGUUGGUAUUUUGUGAUGGGUGUGUUGGUUGUGUUUCGAUUUUCUAUACGACAUCCUACGUAAAUCAGUGAUUGUUUUCGAAAGUGCAUUUGGAAAGCUGAUGAAUUAGGAUUUUUGUUUACUCUUUUUUCAUGUUUGUUUAUUUACUGUUGUCAAAAAAUGGUUUGACCAAAACUAUUUACGAAUCGAGAGUAGGUGAUUGGCGUCCUUGCUUCGUCAUCGAGUGUGCCCGCUUCUCCCUUAGACGCUCCCGAGCUGCCCUUUCACGCCUAAAACAUUCGAUGCAUUUUUAACCGUUUAAAUUGCGUUUGAUAAUAUGAUAUCAAUACAAUUAACAUACAAAUUGA